UCCUCCCCCCCUCGGCUGCUCCAGUCUGGCAGCCAGGCUGCCUCCGGCCGGAGCCGCCGCACUUGGGAAGCGACUCCCGGCCCCGGCGCUGCCGCCGGGAUGGGGACGCCGCUGGCGGCUCCCGGAUUGCUGCUGCUCCUCCUGGCCGGCACGGCGGGGCUCUGCCGGGCGCUCUUCUCCCUCCCGCUCCGCGUGUCCCACCCCGCCGCCCCCGCCGGGUCGCCGCCCGCCCCGGUGGUGCUGCGGCCGGCAAGCGGCAGCCGGCAGCAGGAUGCCCCCGGGGCUGCGGACGGCUUGGCCUUGGCCUCGGAUCCCGGCGGCACCCUCAACUUUUUAGCCAUGGUGGAGAACCUCCAGGGAGACUCCGGCCGCGGCUACUACCUGGAGAUGCUGAUCGGGACCCCGCCGCAGGCGUUAAAUAUUCUGGUUGACACUGGGAGCAGCAAUUUUGCUGUAGCAGGUGUGCCUGAUCCUGAUGUCACAUCCUACUUCAAUCCUGAGCUGUCAAGCACAUACAGAUCUCAAGGGAUUGAGGUGACAGUGAAGUACAGCCAAGGCAGCUGGACUGGAGUGCUGGGCACAGAUGUCAUCACCAUGCCCAAAGGACUCUAUGGCAGCUACACCAUCAACAUUGCCACCAUCCUGGAGUCAGAGAACUUCUUCCUGCCAGGGGUUAAGUGGCAUGGGAUCCUGGGUCUUGCCUAUGAUGCCUUAGCCAAGCCUUCCAGUUCAGUGGAGACAUUCUUUGAUUCCCUCGUGAGGCAGGCCAAGAUCCCCAACAUUUUCUCCCUGCAGAUGUGUGGUGCUGGACUCCCUGUUUCUGGAAGUGGUACCAACGGAGGUAGUCUUGUGCUGGGUGGAAUUGAGCCCAGUCUGUACACGGGGGAUAUCUGGUACACACCCAUCAAGGAGGAGUGGUACUACCAGGUGGAAAUCCUCAAACUGGAGGUGGGGGGACAGAACCUCCAGCUGGACUGCAGAGAGUACAAUGCUGAUAAAGCCAUAGUAGACAGUGGAACCACUCUGCUUCGACUGCCAGAGAAGGUCUUCAGUGCUGUGGUGCAGGCAAUAGCUCGCACAUCCCUGAUACAAGAAUUCUCUUCUGAAUUCUGGACUGGCACACAGCUUGCAUGCUGGGAUAGAAGUGAAAAACCCUGGUCCUUAUUUCCCAAACUCUCCAUUUACCUGAGGGAUGAAAACUCCAGUAGGUCGUUUCGGAUCUCUAUCCUACCACAGCUUUACAUUCAACCCAUCCUUGUGAUAGGAGAUAAUUUGCAGUGCUACAGAUUUGGCAUCUCCUCCUCCACAAACGCCCUGGUCAUUGGUGCUACAGUCAUGGAAGGAUUUUAUGUCAUCUUUGACAGAGCCCAGAGGAGAGUGGGCUUUGCAGUGAGUCCCUGUGCAGAAGCUGACGGCGCGCCCGUCUCUGAGAUCGAGGGCCCUUUCACCACAGCAGACGUGGCCAGCAACUGCGUCUCCAGCGUUUCCUUCCACGAGCCCGUGCUCUGGAUCGCCUCCUACGCCCUGAUGAGCCUGUGUGGGAUCAUCCUGCUGGUGCUGAUCGUGCUGCUGCUCAUCCCCCCCCGCUGCCAGCACCGCUACACGGACAACGACGUGGUCAACGACGAGUCCUCCCUCGUGCGCCACCGCUGGAAAUGAGAGGCUGGAGCCCAAAAACAGACUUAAAUACAGGACCAAGGACAAAGAGCUCUGCCAAGGGGAAGAAGCCAAUGCCUCCUCAGUCCCUCCUACGUUCCUAGAAAACGCUGUUGAAAAUCCUACCAAAUCCCCUGCAUCGUGACUUUUAUAGCUUUAUUUUCUAACACCGGUUCUGAACCAAAGCACUGUUAACCACCUCUGAAGUGCUACGGUACUGGAUUUGCUACUGCAGUACAAGGAGCCUUUAUGCUCUCUACAGUACCUUCUUAAAAAAAAAAAUGAAAAAAAGUUUAAAAAAAAAGAUAAAAAACCACACCAUGAUGUUCUUCCACUGUCUGAACAAAAUUGUCCAUCUCUCUUUCACAAAAAAAAAAAGGAGCUGUCAGUAUUUUCUAACUAAUCGAGCCCUGACUGUAGAAAAAGAGAAAAAAAAAAUAAUCUUUCUUAUUAAUUGCAUUAAAUGAAUACUGCUUUCUGUUUACAUCAGUUUAUUUUGAAACUGUGCUUAUGGUUUGGGGGAGGGAGAAAAGUCAGACUUAAGCAGCAGAGAAAAAGCAAGGGAGAUCAAGAAGAAAUGUUGUUUUGUGGUUUCUUUCCCUCAAGAUCACUGCUGCCACUUGAGAGGUUCGCCCUCCCUGAGAGCUGUAAUAAAAUAGUCCAAGGUGGUGAAAACUGGGAGAAAACUGGGAAACAAACUUGUUCAGCCUUAGAGUAAAACAAGACUACCUCUCUUAAUUUACAAGGAUGCUACCACUGGUGAGUGUGUGGAUUAGAACUGGUCUUGAAGCACAAAGAUGCUCCAUACAACCAAAUGGAACUACUUGGCUUUGAGUUUUUUGGAAUUUUAUAAAAAUCAAUACUUCAUGACUUUCCACUUUGGUACACCAAAAAAAAAAAAAAAGAAAAAAGAAACCCUUCAGUUUCCCUCUCUUGUCUGGGGUUUUGUUGUUUUUUUUUCUGAGUUUGAUAUUUAGAAAAGGCUGAUCAGCAUAUGUAUGGACAGACAAGACAGCAAGGUCUGUGUUCAGCUGUAUUUCUAGAGAGAGUGUAACAGAAAGAAAACAAAAUAAGAACAACAACUUUUUUGCUUGUUUUAAUUUGGCUGAGCUCAGCAACCUAGAAAUUCAAAGGAGAAGCACCUGUCUUUAUGGACAGGCUGUGAAGUGAAAGUUUUAUGCUGCCUUGUUUUUCAGCUUGAGGUGUUCAGUUUGGCAUCAAUCAAAUGAAAAGUGUGUGUGUGUCCUGCCUGGCUGGAAACAAACACGUGGUGGGACUGGAAACAGUGGUGGGAGAGAGCAGGGCAGGGUGUAUUUGACCAAGCUUCCAUUCUGCAAGUGCAGAUCAGCAUGCUGAGGUCAGAAUGAGGUGUUUUCUUUGCAGAUAGGACAAUUUUUCUUUUCUCUAGUUGCAGGCUUCUCUGUAACACUGGCCUAAGUGUUUGGAUUGGAAAGAGUGGAAGGCUGAGGAUUUUUUUAUACAUUUAAAAAAAGGAAAAAAAUAUUCCUUUUCAUUUUGAUAGCAGAGCAGUUUGCAUAUCUGUAUGGGAAAUGAGGAAAUUUUAAGAAAAGCUUAGCUCUGAAUUUCUCAAUCCCUUGCCUAGACAAUUUCUGCCCAAAAUCCCUUCAUAUAGCUCUGUGAUUCACACUGCCUCUGCAUCUGACUCUGCAUGGAAUAAGGAAAGAUUUUUCUUUUUUUUUCAAUAAGGUGCAUUUACAGAGGUGCACAUCAUGUGUGUGAAAAUAAAACACUGUGGGGUUUUGGGUUUUUUUAACUAACUUAUGUCUUUCAUGUCAUAACUGGAAGUGCCUGUGGUUUUCUUUUCAAUUCUUGCACUUUCAGAUUGCUUGGCUCAGUGGAGUAAAAUAAUUGAUGCUGUGAUCCAACGUCUGAAAAUGAUUUGUCGUGGAAUUUGUAGUUGGAAACAGGAAGGAAUUUUGAGCUUGUCUCCUUCUUUCUCUGCCUCUUAGUUUCUAAGAGGAGAAAAAUUGUGAAUUGCAUUAAAUAAGCCAUAGAGCUUAACUGUUUUCUCAGUGUUCUAUUUUCCACAUCUCUUUAUUAAUAUCUUUUAAUUAAGAGUUCCACGUCGUCCUCCUGGCUUUGGUUUUACAAGUAACAGAUAACUUCAGAGUUGUGUUCCUCCUUUUUCUACAGUAUGGCAAUAGAAGUUAUGCUUCUGUCACUUGUUUCAAACAGAAACACCAUAUGGAUUUUGGAUGGAGAGUUUUAAACAAUAAACGCUCUUUCAAUUCAGAAAGUGAAAGCAACUUGUAUGCUCUUAAAAAAGUUUCAUCACUGCUCCCCUCACCUCAGAACCUCCUAUGUCCUCACCACAAAGAGUUUUAGGAAGGAAUUUAUUGGGAAAGGCUCUGAGUAGGCUUUUUAAUGAGAUUUUCAUCUGAGUUGGUGAACAAAGUCUUCUUAGUGCCCUGGAUUUCAUAUAAAAGAUUUAAGUAUUACCCUUUCCCUUUGAAUGUUCUUGGUCAAGAUAUUUUAAGGGAAACACUUGAAUUAAGAGGAGCAAUAACCAAGUAGAAAUACUGAUAUAUUCUUGAGUUUUCCUGGCAUUCCUUCACACUAAAAAUGUGGCUUGUAGUAAAAAUGCUGUGAGUGACACCUGAGAGCAGCACAAACUUCAUCUGGGCUUGUAAAUUGAUAGUUACAGUGGCAGAAAUUCAGGUGAGCAUUGCUUUGUUGCUCUGGCAACAAGGAGAGCAAUGGAAACCCUUGGGGGUUCAUUUUUAGCCUACAACACAUUAAGAAAAAUAAUGCUCUCGAGCAGUUUUUUGUGGAAGAUGAAACACAGUGAUAGAGUACACUAUAACCAAGUGUAGUCAUUUGGUAACUCACAGUGAUCUCUUUCCCUGAUAUAUUUCAAAAAUUAUAUAUAUGUUUGUGAGAUAUAUUAUGUUCCUGUUAGCCAACUUCAGGUGUAAGAAUAAACCACACCUUAAGAAAAAAAAAUGAAGUGGGGGAAGAGGAAUGAAAAAAACCAGAGCAUUGAGUAAAGAUGAUACAAAAAAUAUCCUUUAUUUGUUAUGGAAGACAGGAUGCUCCAAAUCACAGCGCUCCAAACCAUCCCUUGUAAGAAAUAUCAAUAUUUCUUGCUGACCCAGCUCUCCCCUGAUGGGAAUGUAACAGCACGUCCCAGGAAAGUGUCAGAAAGCUGCAUUCCCCUGGCUGCAGCUUCGCAGGUAAUCUGAAACCCUCGGUGCCAUCGCCAGGGAUUGGAGGGGGUGUGGUUGGAGUUCCAGUGGUUAAACCCGAGCCCAGCCCUGGGAAUAGGUUAAUUCUAUCCCGCUGCCUUUGCAAGUUUUAGAAAUAUUAUCAUGGGUUUUUUGGAGCAAUUUAAAUGCUAAGGGAAACAGAUGAAGCAUUUUAAUAAGGCUUUUGUUCAGGUGCUGUAAAAGCAAUUAGGUGGAGGGGGUUGUUCUGUUUUUAAGGUGAAGGAUUGUGUUUAGGAUGUGCAUGUUGAAUCAACCUAAAUGCAAUUUAUCAAGGGGGUUUGGUAUCUCCUGUUGUCAACAGCUGUAAAAUUCAUCAGCAAAAAUCAACCUGAUCCAGUUCCUUGCUGUGUAUUGGCUGCCUUUGUCUUACUGAAGGAUGAGCCAUUUGUCUACCAAGCUUUUCCUUUUAAAUAUUAAAAGGCUUGUGAGAGUUGCAUAGCACUGCACAUUUACUGAGAGAGAAAGAGAGAUCCUUAAAUUUUCCACUAUUAAAAAAUGAUCGUGCUGCUGGAAGUUGCCUUGAUUUCCAUAGGGGUUUCCAACAACUGGGCUGGUGUUGGUUGUCAUAUCCUCAUCUCAGACAUGAAUGGAAAUAGCAAUAUUUCCAUUCAUUGAUGUGAUGAAAGGUGUUGGUUCAGUGACCUAUGGAGGUGCAAUUAAAAGGAAUUACAGAAAAAAACUAAGUAUACCUUUAGCUUUAAUAAAAACUGCAAGAGCAUGACAGAUUGAUCCUUUUCAGAAAAGGCUGUACUUUUUACCAAGACAUUAGUUCCUGUCAGACUUGACUCUCUGAUUGAUAAAUUGUUCAUUUCUGGCUGCUCUUGAGAGAAGUGAAGACAGGUUGGUAACGGGAUAGGAGCAGUCUCCUGAGCCAGUUAGAUUUGCUGGCUUUUGAGGCUUAAUUAGGUGCUAAUCCAGGCUUGGGAGUAAUCCAGCAUCCUGGUUAUGGCUCUUUGGGAAUGCCAGCAGAAACACUCGCCUUCAGCCCAACCCCUGGGUGAGCUGGAUCCAAAACACAAACGCCACAGAGAGACAGCAGCUUCUGUAGGUCAGUCCCCAUAUCCUUUGGCAAGGCUCCACCUGCCUGAAUAUUUUGGAAACCAGCACUCCAAGGUGCCUUUUGGUGCUCCUGGGAAUUAUCUCCUCCCAGAUGAACACAGGACACAAUCAUCUCUAGGUAGGAUCGUUGUCCAGCUGCUGAAUGUUUCCCUCUCCAUGUAACUCAGUGCUGUUUCUCACCCCCAGCAGUGGCAUUUGGAAACAGCAGGACAGGAAAUCAUAAAACAUGCUGAUAUCAAUGACUGUGCAGUAGUAAUAUAAGAAUGGUUUGUUUCUGCCUGGAUCUUUGUGGUCAGGUAGUCUUUGAAAUACUGGGAAUUUUAGAUUAGACCAUGAAGGCACACACAGAAUUUCUUUUGAGCUAGGCAAAAAGUAAAACACAAAAGGUAAUUUUUAGAAUUUAAAAAGAAGUAGUCUUCAAUAAGUGUUCUCUUCCUUUUCCUUUUUUAAUUGAUAACAAUCACUUAAAAUAAAUAUAUUUUAGCUGUCCUACUAAUUCGCUGGUUUUAAAUCUGAUUUUUCUGAUUUGCCUUCUAGGCCAUUCACCCCUUUUCAUCCCCCCACCCCCCCAAAAAAAAAAAGUUGCUAAAAGAUUAAGGCCUCCAUUUUCCAAUUUUAGCUCUCUAACAAAAGAUACAUUUUUCUUGUUUACCAUUCACAGACCUGUUUUAAAGUAGUUUCUUAAUGCUUUAAAAAUUAACUGUAGGCUGAAAAUACAUGCAGUGCCAUUGGGAGAAGAAUUGGAGCCAGAACUUUACCUGUGCCAAUGGUCCCUGAAUUUUACUGUGUGCCAAGAGCUCCUUUGCGCAUUUGACUACGUCCCCUGGACUUCUUUCACAUCCCACUUGGAAAUGGGCCCUGGUCCUGUAUAUUCUGCCUUUUAUCCAUCCUCAGGAAGUACAGAGAUGGAGAGGAGAACCACAAGGAGCUGUGAGAGCUCCAUCCAUGACAUUUUUUGUCCGAAAAACUCCAGCUGAGCAACUAAGUUUGCUCUGAUUUUACAGCAAUUGCGGCAAAACACUUGAAUAAAGGACAUUGUUUGUAACAAUCCUCUCAUCCUGUCCCCCUCUGAUGAGGGAAAUUUUCACAGGGCCAAGUCAAACCUGCAAAGGGCAUGUUUAUUCCUGUUUUUUCAGAGGGAUUAUACAGCUGAAUGCUGCAUUUGCAGCAUGGUUGUCCUUUGGAAAAUUCUGUGGCUAAAAAAAAAAAUGGAGUUGAGAAUGUUUAGAGGUAAUAAAAAGACAGCUAACAAUUUCUUGAUAGCACAAAGGCAUGGAUUACUGCAAUAUGUGCUGGAAAAAAUUGCUUUGGUAGCCAAUAGUCUGUGUGUUCAUAAACUACACAAAGUUCAGCUUUUAAGACUUACCUGAAAAUAGGCAGUUCACAUUUUUUAUUGCAAAUUUUAUAUGGAGAUGCAGCGAUCUUUUAAGGCUGUUAACACUACAAUAGCUCUUAUGUUAUUCAGGAAGUGUGGAAAGGAUUUCACCUUUAAGGUCAACUUACAGAGGCAUUUUUUCACCUGUUGUUUUGUUUUGUUUUUAUUAGACAAUGUUUUUAACAUUGACUGAAAAGAAAAUGGGAUCAAACUUUGGAACAAAGGGGUAUAGUCUUUCUAAUUCAAUCUUCAGGUUAUGUUAGGAUCUCUAUCCCACUUACUGUCAAGCCUCAUUACUCAAUUUUCCAAAAAUUGAUACUUUGUACUUUCAGGUCUUGCCAUUUUCAGAUAAACACUAUGUAAAAAAAAUCAGAUUUUAUGCUGCGUAAAAUAAAUUAUUAAUUCUUUCAA